AAUACUCGAGACUUUUAUUUUUAAGAAGCCAUAGUUUUUUAUUUUUUGGUUUUAAGCGGGAAUACAAAGCCGUGCGUCAGGCGCCAGAAAGGGUUUAAGACGAAGGAAAUGACGUUCCAAGGAGCAUCCGAGACUUUCCGUAGGAAUCCGAAACUUUCCUAGAGAGGCAGACUUUCCCGUGGGCUUCUGAGAUGAUGCAGGGCAGGGGACUAGGGAGCGGGGAAAGCCAGCCGCUUCACGAAAGGCAUUCCGGAGAUAGCCGAGAAUUUCCGUUCACAUCCGAAGCAGUCACCGGAAGUUGCCGAACUCCCAGAGAAGGCGCUGUUGAGGCCUACUGCGUGAGGAGGACCUGGACUGGCAGGCGCCACCACCGUGCAACCGUAGCUAGGCCAGAUCAAGGGACGUCCUCCUCCCCAGCCAUGUCGGACUUCGACGAAUUCGAGCGGCAGCUAAAUGAAAACAAACAGGAACGUGAUAAAGAGAAUCGUCAUCGUAAACGCAGUCACAGUCGCUCACGGAGUCGUGACAGGAAACGUCGCAGUCGUAGCCGUGACAGGCGCAACAGGGAUCAGCGCAGUGUUUCACGAGAUCGCAGGAGGCGCAGAUCUCCUCUAAGCCUGUCAGGUCCUCUAAGCCGUUCUCCUCGGCAUGAGAAGAAGAAGAAAAUCCGCAAGUAUUGGGAUGUCCCUCCUCCAGGUUUUGAGCACAUUACACCCAUGCAGUAUAAAGCCAUGCAGGCUGCGGGACAAAUUCCAGCUACAGCUCUACUACCAACCAUGACUCCAGAUGGGCUGGCAGUAACACCUACACCUGUGCCUGUAGUUGGCAGUCAAAUGACGCGACAAGCUCGACGUCUCUAUGUUGGCAAUAUCCCUUUUGGAAUCACUGAGGAAGCAAUGAUGGAUUUCUUCAAUGCCCAGAUGCGCCUUGGUGGCCUUACUCAGGCUCCCGGUAAUCCUGUCUUGGCUGUGCAAAUUAACCAGGAUAAGAACUUUGCUUUUCUGGAGUUCCGUUCUGUGGAUGAAACUACACAGGCCAUGGCUUUUGAUGGGAUCAUUUUCCAGGGACAGUCAUUGAAGAUCAGACGCCCCCAUGAUUAUCAACCACUUCCUGGCAUGUCUGAAAACCCAUCAGUUUAUGUGCCAGGUGUCGUUUCCACAGUGGUCCCAGAUUCUGCUCAUAAACUGUUCAUUGGGGGUCUGCCAAACUAUCUUAAUGAUGAUCAGGUCAAGGAGUUGCUGACUUCCUUUGGGCCCCUGAAGGCUUUCAACCUGGUGAAGGACAGUGCCACUGGCCUGUCAAAAGGUUAUGCCUUCUGUGAAUAUGUGGACAUCAAUGUCACAGACCAGGCCAUCGCGGGGUUGAAUGGCAUGCAGUUGGGCGACAAGAAACUAUUGGUGCAGAGAGCCAGCGUGGGAGCCAAGAAUGCUACUCUGAGUACAAUAAACCAGACCCCAGUGACCUUACAGGUACCGGGUCUAAUGAGUUCACAAGUACAGAUGGGUGGUCAUCCAACUGAGGUGCUGUGCCUCAUGAAUAUGGUAUUACCUGAGGAGCUCCUGGAUGAUGAGGAAUAUGAAGAGAUUGUUGAGGAUGUCCGGGAUGAGUGUAGCAAGUAUGGUGUUGUCAAAUCCAUUGAAAUCCCCCGGCCUGUUGAUGGAGUUGAGGUGCCUGGCUGUGGAAAGAUAUUUGUGGAGUUCACAUCUGUCUUUGACUGUCAGAAGGCCAUGCAAGGCCUCACUGGACGCAAGUUUGCAAACCGGGUCGUUGUGACCAAGUACUGCGAUCCUGACUCCUAUCAUCGCCGAGACUUCUGGUAGCCCAGCCCUUGAACCAACCUUGAGGGGUUUUUGUGGAGGCAGGGGCAACUCGCUGGCCGGAGAGGCUCCUUUAGCAGCAUAGUCUGUUUAUAUUUCAUGGCCAAAAUCUGUAUUCCCCCCUCCCCCUUUCCAUUUAUCCCAGUUCCUUCCUUUUCUAAACCUACCAUCAGCCCACCCACCCAUGCCCCCCACUGGUUUCCCAAUGAUGGUUACGCUGUAGUAGAAAUGUUGUCUCUUAUCCCAUUUUCCCCUCCCACCUUUCUCUGUGAUGUUUCAGAUUUUUUGCUAAAAGGAGUUUUGCUGUCAAAACAGUGGGCCUGUUUUUUUGUUGUAUUUUCCUUUCUUCUACGCUGUGUGUAUGGACAACUAUUUCUCUAGUGUUGUCUCUCAUAAUUAAACAUUUUUUUUCCAA